CCCACUGGGGGCCCAGGCUGGGGGAUCUCAGAAUGCUAUAUUGCUUGGAGGUGGGGUUAUGAGGUGGGGUUCCAGUGUCCCUGGGCCCUGCCUGUGACCUGGGUGCUGGUUGGGGGCACAGGCUGGGUCCCCUGUGGGCCUGGACUGGCUGGCUCAAACAGGUCCCCAAUCCUCUGGGUACAGCCUGUCCUAUGCCCCCUGCGGGAUAGUUGUGUCAUCACUCAGUGGGAAAUGGCCUGCAUUUGUUUGCAUUUUUGUGAGGUUCACAGUGCAAUACAAAAUCACAGGAAUCGCGGAGAGCAGUCUCCUUUGGGCAGUGGCGCCAGCCGGGCCGAGACUCCUGACGGUGCUCUGUGCACGGCCUGGUUCGGGGGGUGUUUGGGGCCUGGAGCAGGCCCUGCAGGGGCCAAGGCCACUGAGCUGGGCACCUGGGCCCUGUGCAAAUUGCAUUCCUGGCUCAGCCUCGGCCAGAUGCCCAGGGGCUGUCUGGAGCCAACGAAAAGUUUCACAAUCAGAUUAGAGAAACCAGAGGUUGGGUUUUCAAAUAGAAACCAACGUCUUUGUUAAGAACUGCCUGACCUCAAGGUCCUUUCGUCAAGAAAACGUGCUUCUCGGGGCCCUGCUGACCUCACUCAUUAGAGUGCACGUGAGGCUGCCUGGCAGGAACUAGAUAUCCAGCUGGUCACCUGUCCCCACCUGGCUCGGGCCUGACCUCAGGGCUCCCAGAGAGGAAACACGGCCCUGGGAGAGGCCUGGGGUGGGGGCCGCAGAGAGGAGGCAGGCCGGCAGCAGAGCUGCCAGCCCUGCCCUGCCCUCAUGGGGCUGACCUGGAAGAAGCGGGUCCUAACGGCCCUGCUAGGGGCCGCAGCGGCCUCAGGCCUCACCAUGCUCAUUCUCCUCCUGGUGGAGGCCACCAGUGUCCUCCUGCCCGCAGACACCAAGUUUGGGAUCGUGUUUGACGCCGGGUCCUCCCACACGUCCCUCUUUGUGUACCGGUGGCCAGCAGACAAGGAAAAUAACACAGGUGUGGUCAGCCAGGCCCUGGCCUGCCAGGUGAAAGGGCCUGGAAUCUCCUCCUAUGCCUCCAAUCCUGCACAGGCUGGUGAGAGCCUGCAGGGCUGCCUGGAGGAGGCGCUGGCCCUGGUCCCGGAGGCACGACAUCAGGAAACGCCCAUGUUCCUGGGGGCCACAGCUGGCAUGAGGCUGCUCAGCCAGAAGAACAGCUCUCAGGCAGGAGACAUCUUUGCGGCAGUCAGCCGGGUCCUGGGCCAGGCCCCCCUGGACUUUUGGGGUGCUGAGCUCCUGGCUGGGCAGGCUGAAGGUGCCUUAGGUUGGAUUACCAUCAACUACGUCCUGGGCAUGCUGAUCAAGUACUCCUUCUCUGGAGAAUGGAUCCGGCCUCCGGAGGGGACCCUGGUGGGUGCCCUGGACAUGGGUGGAGCCUCCACCCAGAUCACCUUUGUGCCUGGCGGCCCCAUCCUGGACAAGAACACUCAGGCCACCUUCCACCUCUACGGCUCUGAGCACAGGGUCUACACCCACAGCUACCUCUGUUUCGGGCGGGACCAGAUGCUGACCAGACUCCUGGCUCGGCUGGUGGAGGUUGGCUUGCCCCCAGAGGAGGCCCAGGUGAAAUGGGAUGGCCUGGGGCCCUCUGCUGGGCUCAAGGCCACCUCCCUGUCCUCUUGCAGAGCAGCCCCGGGCCCCUGGUCCGCCACCCAUGUUACCACAGUGGCUACCGGGCCACGCUGUCCCCGGCCACCCUGUAUGAGUCACCCUGUGUCCACACCACACCCCCUCCAGACCUGGCCUGGCACCUCACGGUGGAAGGAACAGGGAACCCUGGGGCCUGCGUCUCCGCCAUCCGGGGCCUCUUCAACUUCUCCAGCUGCGAGGGCCGAGGACACUGUGCCUUCGAUGGGGUCUACCAGCCCCCCGUGCGGGGCCGGUUCUAUGCACGCCCAUCUUACUUCCCCGACCCAGGCCUUCUCCAACUUCUACUACACCUUCCACUUCCUGAACCUCACCUCCAAGCAGCCGCUGACCACCGUCAACGCCACUGUCUGGGAGUUCUGCCGGAGACCCUGGAAGCAGGUGGAGGCGAGCUCGCCAGGGCAGGACCGCUGGCUGCGGGACCACUGUGCUUCGGGCCUGUAUAUACUCACACUGCUGCUCGAGGGCUACGGGUUCAGGGAGGAGACCUGGCCCGACAUCGAGUUCCACAAGCAGGCUGCGUGUCCCACAGGCCGGUGGCACCGAUAUUGGCUGGACGCUGGGCUACAUGCUGAACCUGACCGGCGUGAUCCCGGCCGAGGUGCCCGCCCGCUGGCGGGCGGAGAGCUACGGCAUCUGGGCGGCUGGAGUCGUCUUUGCGGUGCUGACUCUCCUGGCUACUCUUGGGGCUGUGGCAGUCCACCUCCUGUGGCCCCAGGGCUAAGCUGGGCGGCCCCAGGCUGGACGGCUGCACCGGCCAGAGCCUUCCUGAGCUCCUGAGCCCUGUUGGGGCUCCCUGUCCUGAGGGCUCUGGCCCCGUGGGCAGAUGGCCCCACUCGGCCCUCGGGGUGGCUCUCCCCAUCCCGGCCCCUCUGGGUCCCCUUCUCCACCAGGCUUCCCAGGGGGGCGGGUGACUU